AUGAUCAUUCCUAUCAACGUGACCUAUGCUUCGAGCUAUUACACCGCGCAAUCAUAUUAUGUGUGGGACCAACUCAUGACUAGCAGCGGAAGAUGGGGCUCAUAUGAUGCCGUCUUGUUCAGCGAGGGGUGCGAUGUGAAUGGGAAGACAGACUGCCGUGUGGCGUGCGAGGAUCUGCAGUCGGUGUGGAAUACGGCUGGCUCGAUCUUCACGUUGCACAAUUGCAUGAUGUAUCCUCUCAUAAUCGAAAUGUACAACGCAGACAAUUUGACAUCCGAAUCAAUAGAUGUCGCCGCACGGUUCAACAUCGUUCCCACAGAUGUCUCUGAAAAGGCCAACAAUAUGGAGACCAUCGCCACUUGCGUCACGGACUUCUGUAAUACUGCCAACGCGAAGAACACGCCGGGUUGCUUUCCCCCUUGGUCUACACCGCCGUUUUACACGGACUUCUGGGGACACAAUUGCACGGGACAGGAGAAUGAUAAGAUAUGGGAUGGGUGUAGACCGGAUUAUGAAUUGAUGCUCGUAGCUUACAUCGUGCAAGUCGCCGUCGUCCUGCUAACUUGCAUUCUUUGGCACUGCCUACAGGACUGGGCGAAACUCGUCGUGUUCAUCCACACGAAGCUCUGGAGACGAUCUGAGGAUCCUUGGAUCUCAGCAGAGAAGUCACAGGCCAAGCUCAAGAAGACCAAGCUGUACGCUUCGUUCGUCAAAGCCUUGGCGGAAUUCCAAAAAGCCCAGGUCUUCUUCCUCGCGGCUGUCCUCGUCGCUGCACUAAUUGCCUGGUUCCAUCCAACAGUCUUGUCCAAUGAUCCUGAUCAGCAGCUGGAUAAGCACGAUCAACAACGAGCGACAGCGACUCUGAGCAAGAACCUGAACAUGUUCAUCGACCUGGCGUACGCCGGUUCCUUUCCAGUCGUGCUUGGGUUGCUGACGCUCAGGAACGCCGGCAAGAGGGAUACGUACACUCUCGUCAUCUCCACGUUUCCGCUCAUCCUGGCAGUCAUCCUGCUGAUAUCGACAGCAGAUCAAAUGGAUGCGGAAGAUCAGGUUGCUGUCGCACCGAGCGGCGGGCCGGACUCUUGUGCUGGCGUCAAGCCGACGGAUUACUGCUUCCCGAGUACGUACACCCCGGGGAUGCUGGCGAAGAUAGGUGGAUGGCCCAUCAUCGUCUGCUUCGUGGUCUUCCUGUGUAUCCUGCUGGAAAGACUCAAACUGUUCAAAGACCACAACAAGCCACCUGCACCCCAACGCAUCUCGAGAAAACCAGACAAUGCAGUUGCCAGGCUCUGGAGACGAAUCAAAGACGGCUCUGUGCACAGACAAAACCCCUUUGAGGCUUUACGGGACUGGACGCUUCGACGGCAGCGACUCUGGGUACGCUAUGAAAGGUUUGUUCAAGACAGCCGCUGGCUGCGAUGGACUCCCGUCCUUUAUGUCGAUACCGCGGAGAGCCUUAUCCACACGAUUGGUAAGGUCAUCGUUUUAGCCGCAGAGAUCACCCUUGGCGCCUUCAACGUCGUGCUCCUCCACGAGUACGCCCGCAUCAUCCGACCGAAAGAGUACCGCGUCUCCGACUUUCAGCUCUGGACGCUAGGCCAGGUCAUCGCGGUCACGGUCUGGUUUCCAGUUCUGGUGGAGUUCAUCUGGGACUGCUACGCAUCGCGCUCAUCAAUUUCUGGCAGAGGAGACAGCAGACGACGAGCCAGACGAAUCCCAUCAUUCGAAAACGGUCGACGAACAACACCACCACCGGGCGAAAAAUCAAACACCGACAAGAUCCAACGAGAAAAAAAUUCCAAGAUGUGUAUCACCGGUGCCUUCUACCUCUUCCGCAAAUCCCGACAGAAUAAACAGGGUCAGGACACUGGAGAACCGCCGGCGAGAGAUAGGUACUAUACCCCGAGGGAGGGUCAGAAUGGAGGGAGUGCUCAGGCGCCGCCGGGUUAUGGUAGUGGAGGGAGGGUUGAGCAGACUGGGUAUGGCAAUGGUGGGAGUGCGCCGAGAGCUGGUGGAUGGUGA